UCCAAAUCCAACAACACCUUCGAGUAGUACUAUAUGGCCUAUAUAAUUCAGUGACUUAAUUCGAAGCUUUCGCGCACUCCGAAUCGCAGGAGAAGUAGAGAGUAACAAGAGUUGAUGGCAUGUUUCGAUCUCGAUUCGUCGCAGCUCUUCUCGAACACCCACUCAAUUGAUUCUUCAUUUACAUUACACUUCGAGAGGAGUGUGUCUGACGAGUUUUUAGCCACGCCGAAUGCGUGUACUUCUACUCAAACUCAAUCUGUCAGCAACAUUCCUGAACCACCUCCACUGCCAGGAGCUUCUCAGGCCAGAAAUAGCUUCUCCGAAAAGCUGAAGGGGUGUAAUUUCGCGCCUGACGAAACGAGGCGGAUGUGGGACAAGUUGUUCUACGACGGAUACGAAGCUGACGUUCGCGUCGUCACAGACGACGACGGCGUUAUCUUGGCCCAUUCAAGUGUUCUUCAGGGCAUAAACUCUCCUGUUCUAAGAAGCAUGUUAGAGCAACCGAGAGCGAAAGGCGGUUUCAGAUGUAUCAGAAUCCCUGGUGUGCCUUCAGAAGCUGCGCGAGUAUUUAUCAGAUUCCUCUAUUCUUCGUGCUUCGAUCGGGAUGCAAUGAAAAGCUACGUUCUUCACUUGCUCGUGCUGUCGCACACGUUUUCAGUCCCGUGCAUCAAAAAGGUUUGCGUCAGCCAACUCGAGCAAGCGCUGCUGACGACCGAUAAUGUCGUCGACGUGCUUCAAUUAGCUAGGCAAUGCGAUGCGCCGCGCCUCUCUCUUCUGUGUACUCGUCUCAUCGUUAAAGAUUUUAAGACCGUCUCCGCGUCGGAAGGGUGGAGAGUGAUGAAGCAAGUUAGCCGGAGUUUAGAGCAGGAGCUUCUGGAGUCCCUUGUGGAGACAGAUUCUAGAAAGGCGGAGAGAGCGAGGAAGGCGGAAGAGAGGAAAGUGUACGUGCAACUGCAUGAAGCAAUGGAGGCCUUGGUGCACAUAUGCCGAGACGGGUGCAGGACGAUCGGGCCCCGCGACAAGAUGCUCAAGGGCAGCCAGGCCGCGUGCGGCUUCCCGGCCUGCAAGGGGCUCGAGCUGCUCGUCCGCCACUUCUCGGGCUGCAGGACUCGCGUCCCGGGCGGUUGCGCCAACUGUAAGCGCAUGUGGCAGCUCCUCGAGCUCCACUCUCGCAUGUGCGCCGAGCCGGACUCGUGCAAGGUCCCCUUGUGCAGGCAUUUCAAGGAGAAGAUGCAGAAUCUAAGUAAGAAGGAAGAGACGAAAUGGAAGCUGCUGGUGAGGAAGGUAAUGGAAGCAAAAGGAACGAUCAGCGCGAUCUCCGCGAGGAGACAUUUGAUAGCAUGAAAAUGUUGAAUUAUGUAAUAGUGUCUGUAUAGAUUACUUCCUUGGUUUUCGGUUUUACUGACACAAUAAGAUAAAAGUGUUGGAUAAUACUCAAUUCAGUAUACUCAAUCCAGUUAUAUGAUAUACAUACAAUUUUCAACUGGUAA